GCGGGGACCGGUGGGCUGAGCUGAAGCGGGAGAGCCGGAGCCGAGCGGGAGCGGUGAGUCCGCGCGCUGAUGGGCCGGGGCUGACGGCGCGUCACCGCCUCCCGCAGGACCCGCCUCGCCUUCUUCUGGGGCUCAGCGGAUGCGCCGGGUCAGGCACCGAUCGGCUUGGGGUGCAGGUCCGAAUCUCCUCGGCUCCCCCGCCUCAGCCGCGCUGCCAUGUCCACGCAGAGGCUUCGGAACGAGGACUACCAUGACUACAGCUCCACGGACGUGAGCCCAGAGGAGAGCCCAUCCGAAGGCCUAAACAACUUCUCUUCCCCGGGCUCUUACCAGCGGUUUGGGGAAAGCAACAGCACAACAUGGUUCCAGACCUUGGUCCACUUGCUAAAAGGCAACAUUGGCACCGGCCUCCUGGGGCUGCCCCUGGCAGUGAAGAAUGCAGGCAUCUUGAUGGGUCCCCUCAGCCUGCUGGUGAUAGGCAUCGUGGCUGUGCACUGCAUGGGUAUCCUGGUGAAAUGCGCUCACCACUUCUGCCGCAGACUGAACAAGCCCUUUGUGGACUAUGGGGACACAGUGAUGUACGGACUGGAAUCCAGCCCCAUCUCCUGGCUCCGGAACCAUGCGCACUGGGGAAGGCACCUGGUGGACUUCUUCCUGAUUGUCACGCAGCUGGGAUUCUGCUGUGUCUAUUUUGUCUUUCUGGCUGACAACUUUAAACAGGUGAUAGAAGCAGCCAAUGGGACCACCAACAACUGCCACAACAAUGAGACUGUGAUUCUGACGCCCACCAUGGACUCUCGACUCUACAUGCUCACCUUCCUGCCCUUCGUGGUGCUGCUGGUUUUUGUCAGGAACCUCCGAGCCCUGUCCAUCUUCUCUCUGUUGGCCAACAUCACCAUGCUGGUUAGCCUGGUCAUGAUCUACCAGUUCAUUGUCCAGAAUAUCCCAGACCCCAGCCACCUCCCCUUGGUGGCCCCCUGGAAGACCUACCCUCUGUUCUUUGGCACGGCCAUUUUUGCGUUUGAAGGCAUUGGGAUGGUUCUACCCCUUGAAAACAAAAUGAAGGAUCCUCGGAAAUUUCCGCUCAUCCUGUACGUGGGAAUGGCCAUCAUCACCGCCCUCUACAUCAGUCUGGGGUGUCUGGGGUACCUGCAGUUUGGAGCUAACAUCCAAGGCAGCAUAACCCUCAACCUGCCCAAUUGCUGGCUGUACCAGUCGGUCAAGCUGCUCUACUCCAUCGGCAUCUUCUUCACCUACGCCCUCCAGUUCUACGUCCCGGCCGAGAUCAUCAUCCCCUUCUUUGUGUCCCGCGUGCCUGAGCAUUGCGAGCUGGUGGUAGACCUGUUCGUCCGCACUGUGCUGGUCUGUCUGACGUGCGUCUUGGCCAUCCUCAUCCCCCGCCUGGACCUGGUCAUCUCCCUGGUGGGCUCCGUGAGCAGCAGUGCCCUGGCCCUCAUCAUCCCACCCCUCCUGGAGAUCACCACCUACUACUCGGAGGGCAUGAGCCCCCUCACCAUCGCCAAGGACGCCCUGAUCAGCAUCCUGGGCCUCGUGGGCUUUGUGGUGGGGACGUAUGAGGCACUCUACGAGCUGAUCCAGCCAAGCAGUGCUCCUAUCUUCAUCAACGCCACCAGUGCCUUUGUAUAGCGCUCUGCCCGCCCUGCCCCUGUGUGUUCCCCAGCCUCUGGCCCCAGAGCCUCAGCUAGGCUCUGGGCUCUGGGGAAAGGUGAAGCUGCUUUAGGGGAGCCCCUCUACCCGGCAGCUGGGUACCCUGGGCCAGGUAGGGCUGCGGGCACGGGAGAGAGUGGGAGCAGAUAUGCAGAGGUUCCUCUUGGUGGCAGUGCCAUCCCCAUUCAUUUGUACUCACGUUAACCCAGAACUUUAAACUCUUUUCCCUCAUCCUGUCUCCUCCCUUAUCUGCCUCCCCCCUUCUGACCCACCUCACCCAAUUAUUCCUGUUGCACAGCUCACUUUAUUUAAAAAUCUUAGCACCCCCCACCUCGUGUUUUCUCCUUCCCAGGCCCAGGCCUGGAUUAAAUGAGUGGGAAGGCUGGGCCUAUCUCUAUCUCAUACCUCGCCCAGAUAUUUUACCUCAGUUUCCUCCUUCCUGUUCAAAUCUUCAGGAGGUGUCUGGACCUGCCUAGUAGUUAAAAACCAGCCCCAAAGCUGGAGCUUUUAAUCUUGACUCUCUCUGGCCAUGACCCUUGGCAACACCUUCUCCGAAUUCCUCGUGUGGGUCACAGUGUUGUAUUCUUAGAUGCUAUAGCUUCUGAAAGAUAUCAAGUGCUGCCUAAAUUGAAAAUAUUUAUAUUUUAUUUAAAAUUAGCUUCUGUUUUUAGAUUCCGUCUCUAGAUCUGGGGUUAUUGUGGUUGUUCCUUCCUCAGUAAACUUUUACUAGGCUUCUCCCACUGAAAAGAACCUUGCUCCAGGAAAUGUAUGCGUAGGUCCUCAGCCCCCUUGGCUGAAUUCCCCAGAGGUUUAAGUCGGGAUCAUUUUCAUGUGUACCUCUGUGGGGAGGCAUGGACUUUGCUUCCCACUGACCAGCCUGAUUUCACAUUGAGACGAUAUGCAGGACUCGGGACGUGUUUGCCAGUGCACCAGGCCGGGAAAGGAUGGCCGAGUGGGGUGUGCUUCUGCCCUCGCGCGGGAGGCUUAUAAAACAGUCGGUGCGCACAUUCAGGCCUGUUUCUCAGCCUCAGCCCCCGAUGGGCACAUGGUGUGCUAGCGUUCAGUUGCCAGCAUGUCGGGAAGACACCUGCACUUCGCCAUGGCCGUGGAUGAGAAGACGAGGUCCGUGCGCAGAGUGUGAAAUUCAGUUCACGGCAGGAAGAAGCAAUUGGUCUGACACUGCGCGUGGUGCUUGGCCGUUUACAAUCAACGGGGGAUGGGCCAGACGCAGCGCCCCGCUCCGAGCCACCUCCGUGACCUGGACUUCUAAAGGGAACCACUUGGCAGGGACUUAGGUCCCCUGUGUUUUAAACACUAAUUGUGACCCUGUCCCUCCCCUUGCAUGCCUUCCUGAGUGUCAUAGACAGCCUCGGGGUUGGCUCAGCUCAAGGCCAGCCUUCAGGUCUGGGAACAGACUGUAGAGAAAGCAGAGAAGGGUGCGUGGCCUUGCUUUUGGCUGCCUUUUCUCCCUCUCUCAGUGUGGGAAGUAUUUCAGAAGGGCAUUCAUUAAGGCUCCAUCCCUUGAGCUGUGUGUGUGUGUGUGUGUGUGUGUGUGUGUGUUCAUGCAUGUGCAAUAGUGUCCUGCUGUCCUCCACUCCUGUCACCAGGCCAUUGCUCACCUGGAGACACAGUUCGCCCUGAACGUCAGGGGGCAGCACACCUUCAUCAGGGUCCUGUUUGUGUGUGUUUGUUUCCCCAAAGCUCAUAAGGGCUCUGCCCACACCCCCCAGCUCCCCCUGCCACAACUCCCCUCCCCAGCCUUGGCUUUUUCUUUCUUUCUGUUCCAAAGCCAAAUUCUCAUUGUAGUGACUUCCAGCCUAUUAACUUAGGGAGAUGGGAUGUGUGGUGACUUGGUCUCCCUUAGGAGAAUGACACUUUUCACCCACCCUUCCUGUGGUCGCCAGUAGGACCCAGAUUCUAGCUGGCGGGAGCAGCAGACUGCCCUGUGAAGCCUCAGGCAUAGAAGGUACUGCAGGGGGUUCAAGGGUGUUUGCAAGCCCUGGGCUCCAGCCGUCUUCCCACAGUGGUGCCGAGAGUUGUUUUCAGUGAUAAAGCACAGGCCAGUAAAAGGGAUUCGGAUGUGUGUCCCGCCCACAGCCUCUGUGCUGGAGGCUUCUAUAGCUCAGGACACUGCAGGAGGCCAUCCUGUCCAGGUGGGUAGCCAGACUUGAGCUGAAGACUGGGUGGCACAAAACUGCGGUCCUCUUGUUCCAGUCUUAGCAAACUGCAGACUACUGUUUCAGGGUCCCCAGCCUAGAAAAUGCAUUUAGGAGAGAUGGCACCACUAGCUUCGGGGCUUCUGGAAGCUAAUUUAGCACAAUCUUGUCCCCAUUUGCUCUUUUUCCCGUACUCCUGCUGCUUCGGAAGAGCCGAGCAAGGUGAGUCCUAUCCGUGGACCUUUCUGGUUGCGUGGUGGUCAGAUAGACGGUCAGCCGGAAGACGGAAGUGGGAGGAGGCAGCCCUCAGUGCCAGCUUGGGCAGCUUGCUCUUCUGCCCGCGAGGCCUCUUCAGUCGGGGGGGCCUUCCCUGGUUGCUUCCCAUUGCUCAUUAGGCACCACCUGCCCAGCGUCUCCCUGUGCCCUGCUCUGGCCCCUGCUGGAAGCAGAGGUCUGAUUAGGAGCAACAAGGCUCUUGAGUGUGAGGCUGCAUCUGCUGGGCCAAAGGCAAAUGAUUUUCAGGCCUGAUAGCGUUAGGCUCUGUGUCCCUCUGCCAGCCACCCCAGUGCGGCCUCGGAUUUCCAGGAGCGCAGAAGUAGCUUCUGAGAGCCCCUCUUCCCUUCUGCAGAUGCUGCUGUUGGGAGGCCUCCAACUCUCUGUUGGCAAUGUACCUACCCUCAAAUCGCUGGGAAGAGCGUGAUCUGUCACCUUGUCUUUAGUUUUCUAGAAGUUGUCACCAUUCACAAGUAUCAUUAUUUGUGCUGCUGUCUGACUGCUAGGAGCCCUUCGUCUGUACAAAUCCGGGCCAAAUGUAUGUGAAUGUGUGGCGUAUCUGAGCUCAGAGCCUGCAGCUUACGCCCUCCCUCUCUGCCACUCACCUCUCCAGCCGGACUCAUUGGCUGGUGCUCACUAUCUACUCUACCCCUAUGAAAGGUACAGUCUGCAGGUUUUCCUCUUGUCUUCAAGUGAUGAUCCCAGAAAGGAACAUUAGGAGAUCUUUCCUCUGCCCCUGUUACUUUUUCCUUCUCAAACAUCUCCUUUCCUGAAUCGUAGAAUAUCAUCAUCUCCGUGUAACACUACAUAUUCACCUCAUGUUUUUUGGAAGUGCAAAAUCUCAAUUUAUGUCUGUUUACAGCUCUCUCUAUUCACUGCUCACAGCGAAGGGGUCUAUAUCAGUGGCUUAUAUUUCGUAGCUGAUCAGAUGUUAAGGCGUGCCCCAGCUGCGGCCCCGGUCAGAACCCGACGCCACUUCCUGGCAGCAGAGACACACAAGUGGCGUGACCUCGUGAUUAGGGAGCCGGCUCCAAGUCUGCCUUAGAAUUAAAUUUCCCAAAGUAUAUUACAAAUCUCCAAGACCAUUAGGGGAAAAGGAGAGGGUGUGGUCUGUCUUUGAGAUCAUGGUCAAUACUUUUAGACAAUUUAAUUAGUCCUGCUGGUUGCAAGGCUGUUUGCUCCGACAGCACCAGCUUGUGAUAUUUCUUCCCUGUUCUUUGUACCACCAGGUCAUUCUCUGGCCAGGGCGUGUAAGUGGUGCUGUGAUGUGGUUACUGGAAUGGGGAGUGGGGGCAGGGAAAUGAGGGUCAAGGGUGCCUGUUAUAAGCCUCAUUCUUUUGUUUGAAUCAAGGUGAUGCUGGGGAAGCUGUUUUGUUUUGGUGAACAAUAAAAUUAUGUGACUCUAUUGUAAACCAUGUCACUGAAUGUGUCAAUAAGACGAAUAUGAAACACUGCCAUCCAGCAGGUCUUAGUAACCAGAUGGUACCGUGUAUAUGAUACUAUGUACGCACCUACAUGGAUGUCCGUUUCUCGCAUGGUAUGUGUUGAGAGGUAGAUCAUGCAGGAGCUCAUAGAAGAAUUUGUUUCAGGUUCUGCACUUGGAUCAUGUGUUAAACUUUUCCUUUAUCAAUAAAUGAAUUUUAUUUUUUAUUUUUGA